GAAUAUGAUCCAAAAUGUGGACAUGAUGGGUCCAAAUAUAAAACUUAUGGAAACAAAUGUGCAAUGGACUUUGCUAUUUGUGAAUCUGAAGGUGUUGUAAGGUUUAUCAGAGAUGGGGAAUGUCCUGAGACCAGAAACACAGAAGAGGUGAAAUCAAAUUGUAAUAAAAUUUGCACUUUGGAAUAUGAUCCUAAAUGUGGACAUGAUGGUACUAAAUAUAAAACUUAUGGCAACAAAUGUGCAAUGGAUGCUGCCAUUUGUGAAUCUGGCGGUGUUGCCAGAUUUGUUAGAAAUGGUGAAUGUCCUGAAUUUGACACAAGUGAUGCUGAAACUGAAAACAAGGAAGAGGAAUGUAAUGAGGCAUGUACCAGGGAGUAUAAUCCAAUGUGUGGCCAUGAUGGCACUUCACAUAGAACAUUUAGCAAUAGGUGUACCAUGGAGUUUGCAAUUUGCAAGUCAAAGGGAACUAUACGAUUUGUGAGAGAAGGUGAAUGCCCAAAUGAUGGCAAUAAUGAAGACUGUGAUAAACCUUGCACCAGAGAAUAUAACCCAGUAUGUGGUCAGGAUGGCACUUCAUAUAAAACAUAUCCUACUAGAUGCAUUAUGGAAGUUGCAAUUUGCAAAUCAAAGGGAACUGUACGGUUUGUGAGAGAGGGUGAAUGCUAUCCUGGUGAUAGAAAUGACAAACCUGCG